AUGUCUAGCGCUGAAUUACUUCAAGAAAUUGAGAGACUUACCAAGCGUGUUGAGGAACUGGAGAAGACAGAAAACGAUGCGACGCCAUCGUCGAGUUUAAACCUGCCCGUGGUUCAAGUAAAUAAUCAGAAAGCAAAGCCAGAUAACUACUCGGACGGCCCGUGGAACGAGGGGAUUAGUCACUUCAAGCUGUGUGCUCAGAAAAACAACUGGGACGACACACAGUGUUGCCAACAGCUAGCUGUUUCUCUUCGCGGCAGAGCUCAGCGAAUCUACUUGACGCUUCAAGAUAACGAGAAGACGUGUUUUGACGACCUAGUGAACACACUACAGUCUAGAAUUCAGCCAGACCAACAAAGGAAAAUCCACAAGCUGACCUUCAAUGCGAGGAAACGAAAACACGGGGAGAACAUUGUAGAUUUAGCAACUGAUCUGCGACAACUCGCUGCACUGGCGUACCAAAACAAGGAUAAGUCGCUUGUCGAGGAGGAACUCGUUGAACAAUUUAUCCGUGCCCUCGACAGUAAGGAACUACGUAUCGGAGUGAGUCAAAGUGACCCAAAAUCUCUCGAUGAAGCUGUAAAACUAGCGUUACGUCUGGAAAGUAUUCAUUUGGCUGAAAUGAAAAACAACAACACCGCGAAAAUCAACAUGGCGGGAGACGAGCAAGAUACCGCUGGCUUCGACAUGGCGGGCGCGAGAGAUAAACGAGAUACCGCAGGCCUCAACAUGGCGGGCGCGAAAGAGGAAAAUCAAUCAACACCACGAUGGGCGAAAAAGUACUUUGAUCAACAAGCGGAACUGAUGGAUAAAAUGAGUAAAUUUCUUGUGAACAAACCAAAUACGGCCUCAUACCCAAGACGUCAAAGGGGAAAUAGCCAGUGCUACCGUUGUGGAAAAUAUGGUCACUUCGCACGAGAAUGUCAAUCGCAGAAUCAGGGAAACGCCUACAGGGCGGGCGCUUUAUAGAGCCCCCGCCCGCGCCGAAACGUGUUGAAACCGCUGAGUCUAGGAAUAAAGGCAAAGCUAGUGCAACAGACGACGCCACAAUAUUUGUGAACUGUCGAGUUAACGGGUACUAUGUUAAAGCUUUGGUGGACACUGGCGCAGCCGUGACUAUCAUGCACGAGGAUUUACUGGCGCGAGUACGUAAUAAAGGAACAGAAGUGAGACGCGCGACAAAAACAAUCGUGGGUGCGAACAAUACGCCUUUAAAUAUAAUUGGAAUUGCCGAGAUAGACAUUUCAGUAUGCGGGAAUUCAGUAACUCAUGACGUUUUAAUUUGUAACGAUUUAGCACAAGCAAUGCUAAUUGGAGUAGACUUCUUAAAACCUCAUAAGUGCAUAAUAGAUUUCGAGAAGAAUACAUUACGAAUAAAAAGAGAAGAAGAAACAUUGUCUUAUUCAAACGAGCGUAAAGUAUGCCGGGUUACAAUUGCCCAGUCUGUCGUUUUGCCAGGAAAUUCAAUGAUAACUAUUGCAUGUAAAGUGGAGAAUGGAACGAUUCAGAACAAUAAAAGUGGAGUUCUUGAGCCCAUGGUGCGAUUUGAAGAGCGCUAUAAAACUGGAAUAUUGAAGGUUGCUGCAACGAUACAGAAUGGACAAAUACCUGUGAGAUUAUUUAACCUCGGACCGAAAGGAAAAACAAUUUACAAAGGAAGCACUGUUGGAGAAUUUUGGCCAUUGUUAGAAGAUAAGAAUACAGAAACGGAAAACUGCUACUUUAUUGACACGCACAUCAUCGAGACUGAUAAAAAGCUGAUGAAAGGUGGAGGGCUUUGCUCGGUGGCAACGCCAAGUCCAGUGACAAAAGAAAAUAUGGACAUGGUUAAAGAACUUUUUCCAAUAGUAAACGAUUCAUUGUUAGAGAGCGAGAAAGAAAGCGUAUACAAGGUACUAGCACGUCAUACUGUAAUAGUCUCGGAAAAUAAAACGGACUUGGGAGAGGCGAGAGAUGUCCAACACUUUAUUAACACUGGUCAACAUAUCCCAGUUAAAGCUACACCGCGUAGAUUUCCGUUUCAUAAGCGUGAGGUUGUACGAGAAGAAGUGGAAUCGAUGCUUGCAAGCGACGUGAUUGAACCUUCCACAUCCCCUUGGUCGGCCCCGGUGGUGCUGGUGAGAAAAAAAGACGGGAGCGAGCGUUUCUGUAUCGACUACCUUAAACUGAAUGCGAUUACGAAGAAGGAUGUUUUCCCUCUACCGAGAUGCGACGAAAUAUUAGAAUCGCUUUCGGGGGCAGCCUACUUCACUCAUCUGGAUCUAGUGCGAGGUUAUUGGCAAAUCAAAGUCGCGGAGCAAGAUCGCGAGAAAACAGCUUUCUCCACACCAGACGGACAUUUUCAGUUUAAAAGAAUGCCUUUUGGGUUGACUAAUGCACCGGCAACAUUUCAACGAGCUAUGAAUACGAUUUUGGCGGGACUGUGCUGGACUGACUGUGCUGUAUAUUUGGAUGACAUUAUUGUGAGUGGGAGGACACUAGAAGAGCACAAUCAGCGUCUUGAGAACGUAUUAGCAAGAUUAGAAACUGCAGGGUUGAAAUUGAACGCAAGAAAAUGUGAGUUUGUCCAACAGCGGAGUGUUAUUUUAGGACAUGUCGUUAGUAAGGAAGGGAUCUUGACUAAUCCCGAUAAG